UCAGAAGCAGAAGAAGCAACAGACAGUGAAGGUGCAGGAGGAGAACAAGCUGAGAAACAUGGCUGCACUCGUGUCAUUUCUGGUGUUGUUUGUAUGCAUCUUGGGGCUUUUCCAUGUGGAAACAUCAGCAGACAUCAGCUCACUGGAUUCUUCUUUCUGUCAUGGUGGACUAGAAGUGAUCUACCCAGGGCUGGACAUCGACAAAUGCCUCAUCGUUCCAAAGGACCAGAAGCUCAGAGAGAAAGUCAGCAAAGUGUGGAAAGCCCCACAGAUUUACUUCUCCGGAGCACACAAGAAAAAGACGUAUGUUCUGGUGAUGGUGGAUCCCGAUGCUCCGAGCCGCGCUAGUCCAACAUCUGCAUACUGGAGGCACUGGCUGGUCGUGGACGUACAGGGGGAUGCUCUCCAGAGUGGACAGACACAUGGAACCACCCUCACUGACUAUCAUCCGCCGACUCCGCCUCAGAAGUCUGGUUUUCAUCGUUACCAGCUCAUGUUGUUUGAGCAGCCUCCAGAAGCCUCCGUGUCCCUCAGCCCACAGGAAAACUCGUCCCGCGGUAAAUGGGAUCUCCAGGCCUUCGUCACAAGGUUUAAUCUGGGAGAGCCUGUGGCCGCUCUGCAGUUUCUCACCCAAAACUGCAAGGACUGACACCUGGAAGAGCAAUCUGCCAGUACAAUGAUGUAAAAUAAUGCUACCCCACUUUCCCUAAAUUAGACAGCAUUAGUUCUUCAAGCUUGCAACAGGUCAGCCCUCUGUGGCCCUUAUCUUAUCGCUGCGUUAGUAGGAGAUUUCCUCUUUGUGCUGCUGUGUUUUGAUGUUGCCUCUGUAUCUCUCCUCCUGUGGUCCUGAGCGAGGGGUUGGGGAAAUAGAUUUUGACCUCAUUGUGGGGAUUUCUUAUUAGUUUCCAAACACCGUCGACGAGAGGAGGAACACGGCCUGAUAUCACAAUUCAUUGUGGAAAGAGUUGAUUCUAAUUCAGGGGCGGAAACACGUCAGGGCCAAAAAAAGGAAGUGGGAGGUGAAACCGAGACCGCAACUGAGCCGGAUGCUGCAGUGGAACUUGAACCAAAAUACUCAGCAGAGUGAC